AUGGCCGCCGGUGGAGCAGGAUGCGGGGACACGGCGGAGCAGUGCCGGGUCGAGGUGGAGCGCCUGACCCGGGAGCUGGCGGAGGCCAACCGCGAGAAGAUCCGGGCGGCGGAGUGCGGGCUGGUGGUCCUGGAGGAGAACCAGAGCCUCAAGCAGCAGUACGCCGACCUGGAGGCCGAGCAGGAGGCGCUGAGGUUGGAGCUGGAGCAGCUGCAGGAGGCAUUUGGCCAGGCCUACUCCACCCAGCGCAAGGUGGCAGAGGACGGGGAGACCAACGAGGAGAUGCUGCUGCAGGAGUCUGCCACCAAGGAGGCCUACUACAUGGGCCGCCUCCUGGAGCUCCAGUCAGAACUGAAGCACAGCCGGGCCUCUGUCUCCAACACCCAGGCUGACAAUGAACAUCUGAGCACCCUGCUGCAGGAGCUCAGGGAGAGUAAUGAGAUGUUGGAGCUGCAGCACAGCCGGAUGAGAGAGGAGAUCAGGGAAUACAAGUUACAAGAAUCGCGGUUGCUCCAGGACUACACUGAGCUGGAGGAGGAGAACAUCUCUCUGCAGAAACUGGUGUCAACAUUGAAACAGAAUCAGGUGGAGUAUGAAGGCCUAAAGCAUGAGAUCAAGGUCCUGGAGGAGGAGAAAGAGCUCCUCAACAGCCAGCUACAAGACGCGCUGCGUUUGAAGGACAUCUCAGACGCCCAGCUGGAGGAGGCUCUGGAGUCUCUGAAGAGUGAGCGUGAGCAGAAGAAACACCUGCGCAGGGAGCUGGUCCACCACCUCAGCAUGUGUGAUGUGGCCUACACCGGGAGUGCCCACCUGACAUUCACCUCUGCCCCGCCCAGUGGCGCCGCCACCCCAACCACUCUGCUCUCCCCAAACGCAGAGGAGCCAACAAGAUGUAACGGCCACCUCCAGGGCGGGACAGGAGCAGGCGGAGCUGCAGGGUCGGUGCCCAAGUCUAACGGAGAGUGCCGCGGGCCGGGUCGAAAAGCUGAGGGAGCGGCGGCGUCGGACCUCUUCAGUGAGAUGAACCUGACAGAGAUCCAGAAGCUCAAGCAGCACAUAAUGACAGUUGAACGUGAGAAAUCAGCACUGAUGACGAACCUGCAGGAAUCCCAGACUCAGCUCCAACACACCCAGGGGGCCCUGACCGAGCAGUAUGAAAAGACCCUCCGCCUUAGCCAGAAAGUCACUGCCCUCCGCCGCCUGUAUCGAAGGGCCAACCUCAGUCAGGAAGCCCCCGGCAGUGUCACCUCCCAGCUCAAUCCCGAGGCCCUGACGGAGCCAGGCAGAGAAGAGGAGGAGGCUGAAGAGGAAGGAGGGACUGAUGAGGAGAAGAGUGAGACACUGAACAAAAGUCAAGUAUUUUCAUACCAAACGCCGGGUCUGGAGAUCCUGCAGUGCAAGUACCGUGUGGCUGUGACAGAGGUGGUGGAGCUAAAGGCGGAGGUGAAAGUCCUCCGUGAGAGGCUGGCUCAGUGUGGGGAGGGAGCAGCGGAGGAGAAGCCCACACGAAAUGGUCAGCUCCAGAAGCUGGAGAGGCAGGUCGCCUCAUUGGAGAAGAGCUGCCGCGAGGGACGCAAGAAGGUUUCUAGUCUGGAGUUGGAGUUGCAGGCAGCUCAGUUGGCAUCCAAUGAGAGCCAGGGGGCAUUGAAUGCAGCUCAGGAUGAGCUGGUGACUCUGAGUGAGGAGCUUGCCCAGCUCUACCAUCACGUCUGUCUGUGCAACAAUGAGACGCCCAACCGUGUCAUGCUGGACUACUACAGACAAGGCAGAGGGCUCAGAGGCCUCAGUGCAUGUCUCAAAGCCAUGUCUUCAGACAACAGCAAAGUCCUCCUCACACCACGCCUUGCCAGGCGGCUGGCCGCUGUUGCUUCGACAACCUCAUCUCCUCGGGAGUCGCGGAGCUCCUCGGAGUCUCCAUCCAAAGAGCCCCUGUCUGUGGGGAAGGUGGAAGGACAGGAGAAAGACAGGGACAAGGAGGGCCCCCAGUUGCCACCUGAGCAGAGCCUACCGGCAUGCACACCUCCAACCCUGUCACCCAGUAUCAGUGCCUCUUCAUCAUCAUCAUCUUCAUCAUCGCCUGCCUUGGAGCCAGCCAGUGAGCUGCGCAAGGAGCCCAUGAACAUCUACAACCUCAACGCCAUUAUCAGAGACCAGGUGAAGCACCUCCAACGGGCAGUAGACGGGUGUCUGCAGCUGUCGAGACAGAGAACCGCGGCCAGGGAACUGGCCCCUCUGCUGGACAAGGACAAGGAGAGCUGCAUGGAGGAAAUCCUGAAGCUCAAGUCUCUGCUCAGCACCAAGAGGGAGCAGAUAGCCACUCUCAGACUGGUGCUCAAGGCUAACAAACAGACGGCAGAGGUGGCUCUGGCCAACCUUAAGAGUAAGUAUGAGGCAGAGAAGGCCAUGGUGACCGACACUAUGAUGAAGCUAAGGAACGAGCUGAAGGCACUAAAGGAGGACGCCGCCACUUUUUCCUCACUGCGAGCCAUGUUCGCUACCAGGUGUGACGAGUAUAUGACCCAGCUGGAUGAGAUGCAGAGACAGCUGGCUGCAGCCGAGGAUGAGAAGAAGACUCUGAACUCCCUCCUCCGGAUGGCCAUUCAGCAGAAACUGGCCCUCACCCAGCGCCUGGAGGACUUGGCUUUCGAUCAAGAGCAGACCCACCGCACCCGCGGGGCCAGGCUGACCCGCGGGAAGACCAGCACCCCCAAAGUAAGUCCCCUUCCUACUUCAAUUGUUCCUGAUGAUCCCACUGUGCCCCUUAGCUCGUCCAUGGUCAGUGCAGCUGCUGCAGCUCUGGCUUCAGCUCUUACUUCCCCUACCUCACACAUACCCCCUUGCAGUCCGUCAUCACCAGUGGUCACCUCACUGGCUGGCCCCCUAGCGUCAGAGAGCCCCCCAUCUCUGGAGGACCCCUCCACUUCCUCGGCGCGGACCCCACCCUCAACCCCUCUGAGGCUGGCUCACUCCCAGUGGACCCUGGGGGUGCGGACGUUUGUGGUUGACUCCCACAGUUUCAACGUCAACAUCUCCCCCGCUCUGCCCCGUAGCUUGGGCUUCUCCAGGCACCACACCCUAGACACACACACCUCUCUCCCAUCAGCCAACACCAUCAGGCCCACCCAGCCAGGAUCUGCCGCCUCCUCUACAUACCAGUCCCCUAUUAUGGGGCUUAGGCGCUCCACGUGGAGCCCCUCACCCCGAACUCGGCCCCUCUCUAGCCUGACGCGCUCGUCUGUCCUCUACACUCCUUCCUCGUCCUCCCCCUACUCCUCCUCCUCCCACUCUUCUUCUUCUUCCCACAGCUAUUCCUCUGCCUAUCACAACUCCUCUCCUGCUUUUACACCCUCUAGCUCCUACCUCACCUCUGGCACCUCCACCUCCUACAGCCACUCUACCCACUACAUGCCCCUGUACCCCAGAUACUACAGUUCUUACCGGCCACGGCACUGA